AACUUCAGUUUGUGGUUAAAAAGCAACGGUGACACUUGGUUCAAAUCGCCAUAACGCAAAAACAAGCGGGUUUUUUUUUAUAGAAAUUUAAUGAUAUCUUCUAAGAAAAAUAAAAAUAGUUUAUUAAAAAAACUUGAUUUUUAAUUUGGAAAUUAUCAAAUAAAACUACCUCAAAAAUGACCUGGCACCACAUUUGCACAGGAAACAGGUUGUUUAUUAUAUUUUUAGUGGUUUCCUCAGUUUGUAUAAUGAAUACCAAAGCAAAAACCGGGCCCAUGCAUGGAAAAAAUGUAGUUUGUUACAUUUCAACGUGGGCCGUUUAUCGUCCUGGUCAAGGUGCUUAUUCUAUAGAUAAUUUCGAUCCCAGUCUUUGUACCCAUGUUGUGUAUGCCUUUGCUGGUCUCGAUCCCCAACAAGCGGCUAUUAAGUCAUUAGAUCCUUGGCAAGAUUUAAAAGAAGAAUAUGGCAAAGGCGGCUAUGAACGUUUAACGGGUCUCAAGCGCACUCAUCCCCAUCUAAAAGUUAGUUUAGCUAUAGGUGGCUGGAAUGAAGGCUCCAAAAAUUAUUCAAAUAUGGUGGCCGAUCCCAUUUCACGAGGAAAAUUCGUUAAACAAGUCACCUCUUUUAUACGAAAAUACAAUUUUGAUGGCCUUGAUUUAGAUUGGGAAUAUCCCACUCAACGUGGUGGUGCACCUCAUGAUCGUGAGAAUUUUGUAUUACUUUGCAAGGAAUUGAGAGAACAAUUUAAUCCGCAUGGUCUAUUGCUCACUUCUGCCAUUGGGGCUUCGAAAAAGGUCAUAGAUGAGGCGUAUAAUGUGCGACAGAUAUCUCUUUAUUUGGAUUUCUUGCACAUUAUGUGUUAUGAUUAUCAUGGCAGUUGGGAUCGCAAAAUAGGUUAUAAUGCUCCACUGACAGCACCAAAUGGUGAUGUAUUGAGUGUGCAAUACACAAUCGAUUAUUUGUUGAAAUUGGGAGCUCCUGCUGAGAAAAUUGUUAUGGGUGUACCCUUCUAUGGCCGUACAUUUAGAACUCCUUUAGAUGGAAAUCUCGACGACGACACUGAUGGUACUGCUUUCCAAGGACCCUUUACACGAGAAGACGGUUUUUUGGGCUAUAAUGAAAUUUGUAAAAUUUUAAGUAAUAAAACUUCAGGUUGGACUACGAUGUGGGAUCCGGAAACAUCACAAGCCUUGGCACGUUCUGAAAAAGAUGUUUUUACUGGUCUUAUAGAAGUUGUUACUUUUGAUAACUCCCGCUCCAUAGCAAACAAAGUUAAAUUUGCAAUUGAAAGAAAACUAGGCGGCAUUAUGGUGUGGUCCAUUGAUACCGACGACUUUUUGGGAGAGUGUGAAACUGAGACCGACAUAUAUGAAGACUUUAGACACUUUAAACAUUUAGAUUUGGCCAUGCCUCAUCGUCUUAGUAAUAAUUAUCCUUUAUUGAGAACAAUUAAUGAAGCAAUGCCCUUAGCUAUAGAAGAAACUAAACAUAAACAUGAUCAUCCUCUCCAUCCUAACCGUGACGAGGAGCAAGAACCAAAUAUAGAAGAUAAUGAAAUACCCCAUGGCUCAGUUGAGGAUCAUAAGGGGGAUAGUAAUGGAGGUUGUCGUAAUAUCUUAUAUCCAUUUUAUAUUACCAUUGUAUUUGGACUUCUGUCAUUAGUUUUAUAAAAGAUGCAACUUUAAAAAACUAACUCAACUAUUAUAAUUAAUUAGAAAUCGUAAGAAUAAAACAUUCCAUUUAUUUUGUUUUCAAAAUUUUAUAAAAAUAUGUAUAAAAUAAGAAUUAUUAAUUGUAUUAAAUAAAAUAUAGAAACACACCAAAAUUCCAACCCUAUUUUGACUUUUUACAGGUACUAAUGUUACUGAAGUUGAGAAUAUUGACCGUUUAAGCUUCUUUAAAUAAUUUUUUUUUUUUUAAAUUUAGAGCAAUAGGACUACGUUAGCUGGUAGCACCUUGGCUCUGAAGAGGAGAAAGAUUUUCACAACUAAAUUAACCCUUUUACAUGUUAGAACCAAAUAAUAAAAUUGUAAAAGUUUAUUAAAAUUUCACAGAUCAUUUAGUGCCAUAAAAUACUUUCAUGGGAAAUGUUUCGAAAGAAAGCUUAUACAAUUUCAUUUAAGGGCUUUGUAUGUAGAUGCUUAAUGAAAUGCAUCUACAUACAAACAUACAAAAAAAUAUUUUUUUACUCAAAAGAAAGCUUAAAACCUUUUUUUAAGACUUCUGUUGUCACUUAGUGAGAUGCGAGGGAGAUAUCUCUAAAAAAUAUAUAUAAAGCCAAGUUUUUGGUAGAUAUCCCAAUUAUAUGUGAUAAUAUAUAAUUUGUUUAUCUAAACAAUUGACUCUGUUUAAGAUUUUAGUCAUUUAUUCCUAAAAAUAAAUUGCUUAUUUUUUAUAAAAAAUAAAUAAAUUGUAUCUGGAAAUUCAGAUUUUUGUUACUCCUCGAAAUUUUAUAAAUAAAACAUACUAGGGAUGGUAAUUAAAUAUUUUUAUAUUUUCAUUUGGAAGAAUAUUAAACAAUUGUUACUAAUUAUAUUUAUAACCUUCAUAAACAUUUAUUAACGUAUGCACAUAUUAAAGCCAACAUGUAUUUUUAUCAUUCUCUAAAUAAUUUAGAAUGUACUUAUUACACACAGUACCUCCCGUUUAGUGCAAAAAUCUAUCAUCUCGAGAAAUAUGUAAAUGUAUGAAAAAUUGA